CGUUGAUACGGAGCGAUGCGGCGGCUGUACAUUGGCGGGUUGAGCCACACAGUGACCCAGAAAGAUCUGAAGGAUCGAUUCGGAAAGUUUGGAGAUGUGGAGGACGUGGAGCUCCGGACCAGGAAGGACGAGGAGGGUAUUCCUUACAAAACCUUCGGCUACAUUAACAUCAACAUUUCAGACGCAGACCUGAAGAAAUGUUUGACGGUGUUGAACAAAUCCAAAUGGAAAGGAGGAACUCUGCAGAUUGAAACAGCCAAGGAGAGUUUCCUGCACAGGCUGGCUGAGGAGCGACAGGAGGCAGAGGAACAGCGCCUCCAGCAGCCUGCAGCUGACGAUACGAGACAGAAGAUGCUGGACUCCCUCAGUGGAGCCGGCGUGGAAAACUUUACCAUGAAGGCUGCGGUGCCCGGGACCGAAGUACCAGGACACAAGGACUGGGUGGUCAGUAAAUUUGGACGAGUCCUCCCCGUCAUGCAGCUCCGGGGUAAGAAAGGCAGCAAAGCUCGAACCCUGAAGUACGACCCGUCCAAAUACAGCCACAACAUCCGCAAGCUGGACCGGACCGCCGCAGACGAGCCCACACCUGUCACCCAGCUCACCUGGGAGGUACCGGGAGGGGAUGAUGACAUCAGCAAGAAGAGGCGGGGAGAGUUCCCUCCUUUUGAGCCUUCGAGACCCAAGAAGAGUCGGACAGAUACGGUCAACUCCCAGAAUGCUUUGGGCAGAACCAGAUUUAAGCAGACUGUUGUCUCUGUCGUGCACGCUGAGGCUCAUCAGUUCACCAACGGAAAUGAACGACCGACCAACCACAGACCGGCUCAGAGGAGGGGGGCAGACAGCGAUAUUGAUUCAGACGAGGAAAUCUGCAGAAUGGUUGCAGCUCAGAACACCUCCCACGCUGCACUGCAGCAGGAAGAGGACGAGGAUAACCUGGAAGUGGUCGGACUCGACUACUUGGUGAAGUCCGGACGUUCCCGUCAGCACCAGAAAGAUGAUGAAGAAGAGAACGACUACGACUCGGCGGACACGGAUGAACUCCUCGCCUCCAAGAAACCGCCUCCUCCACAGCAGGAGAGACUCACUCUACCCAAUGCAGAGCACCAGUCAGGACACAACACAGACAGGAAGAGGAAGACAAAGACGAAAAGUAAAGCUGAAGAGGAAGAGGAGGAUUCACAGGAUGAAGAGCACCUCACCUCCAGGAAACCCUCCUCCACACUGCACAGAGGGCAGUCUGGUAAACACAGCUCUCAGAGCCAAAGUAAGAAGAUGACAGUCCUUCCUGUUGAAAAAUCUGAAUCAGAAUCAGAUAGUGAUGAAGACGAGGAGGAGUUAGAAUCCGAUUCCAGUUCAGAUUCUGACUAUGACGCCAUGUUUUCCAACGUCACCCGUCUGGAGAUCUCCCUGGCUGAUCUGCAGAAGCUAGCUGAAGAAUUCCAGCAGGCCUCAACAACCGAGGAAGAAACUAAGCUCACGUCCGCUCCGGCUGAACGACCGACGCCCAAGAAAGGCACCACGCCGGAGGAGAUCCUCGCCGCCCUCAUGGAGGACGACAGCAGCGAGGACGAACAGAAGAAGAAGAAAAAGAAGAAAAGAAAAGUCGUCACGUCGCCGCUGCCUGCAUUCCAGGGUACAAGAGCAGUGAACGAGGGAUCAGAGACGGAGGAGUGUCAGAGGAGACGGAAAAUGGAAGAGGAGGGAAGUGAGGUUAAAAAACAGAAGCUGGACUCUGAAGUUCCUCAGCCGAACCACAAAGCAACAGACAGCAAAGGUAGCAGGAGUGCACAGAAACACACAGAAAGAGAGAAGGCCUCAGAGAGCAGUGAGGACGAAGAAGAUGAUGAUGAGGAGGAGGAAGAAGAUGAUGAAGAGGGGGAAGAGGAGGGUAAAAAGGAGGCGGCGUUGAAAAAUGUGGCUGCUACUGCUAAAGUUGCAGUUAACUCUGAUAAAGCUGAGACUGAUUCCUCCUCUAGCAGCGUUGAUGAUGAUGAUGAUGAUGAGGAAGAGGAAGAGGAAGAAAAGCGGGCUCCUCCUCGGGUGCCCUUAGGAGCUAAGGAGGAAGAGGAGCGGCAGAGGCAGGCCAACUUGAGGCGGCUGGCUGCCGUCCAGCAGAGACAGAAGGAGGCUGAAGAGCACAAGAAGCUCAUCCAGGGAGCUUUAGCCAAGCUGGACGCUCCGACUGCAGGAGCAGGGAAACACAUCGUCUUUGGCUCUGAUGAUGACGAGGAUGACGAAGAGGAGCAGCAGACAACCUCAGAGGUCACAACGUCAAAGAAGACGCUGUUCGAGGACAGCCAAUCAGAGGGCGAGGCCACAGGUGACGAGGCAUCAGCCAAUCAGAACGGCACAAUGAAAGAAAAGGUGCGUCUGAAGCCAUCAGUUCCUCAGCUGUUCAACGGCAGUGAGGAGGAGGAGGACGAGGAGGAUGGCGAAGAGGAGGAUGGGAGCAGGUUUGACAUCAGGCCUCAGUUUGAAGGUCGAGCAGGACAGAAGCUGAUGGAGCUGCAGUCUCGCUUCGGGACAGACGAGCGUUUCCGGCUGGACUCGCGCUUCCUGGAGGACGACGAGGACAAAGAGGAGGAGUCAGAGAGAAAGAUGAGCGUGAUGGAGGAUGACGAGACUCUGGAGGAGGAGAGGAAGAAGAACCUGUCCAUCCUGCAGAGCGUCCUCGGCAGCAGCCAACAAACCUGCAGCACCAAGCCAGCCAGCAAGGCCAAGACCUUCAGAGACGUCUCAGCGCUGCAUUACGACCCCAGCAGAGAGGAACACGCUGCGUUUGAGACCAAAACUGAUGAAAUCAAAGAAAGCAAGGCAGCCAGGAGGAAGAAGAGGGAAGAGGCUCAGAAGCUUCCCGAGGUUUCUAAGGAGAUUUACUACGACGUGUCUGGUGAUCUGAAGGCCGUGUUCAGUCAGACUAAAGAUGACGCCGCCGGAGGACAAGAGAAGGCGAACUGGGACCAGGAAGAGGAAGAGGAGAAAGCGGAGGAAGGAGGGAAGGAUGAAGACCCGACCCCGCUGUCGUCUCUCCUCUCAGCUGAUCCCGGCGCAGAGAAAGAGGAGUCGUCUGGGUUCAAGUUCUCCUUCUUUGAAGACGACACAGAAACAGGAAGCAGAGAGACGGCAGAGUACAAGGUAGAGAGCAUCCAGGCGCCAAAGGUGUCAUGGCAACAAGACCCACGUUUCCAUGACAGCAGCUCAGAGGACGAGGAGGAGGAGGAAGAGCAGGAGGAAGAGGAGGAGCAAAGCACCGCCGUCGUCACUAGAACCACAGAAGAGGAGACUCCUUCAAAACCGGCUCUAUUCUUCUUCUACCCUGAAGACAGCAGAUUGACAGUUUUGGUGCUACAGCUGUCAGUCAGGAGUCAAACUAAUGAGACUGAAGGUUGUGAUGUGAUUGACGGAGCUGGAGAGUGUGUGGUGAUCUGA